AUGCGCGACGGGCAAAAGUGCCGCCUAGACGUCUCGACGUGGGACGCGUCGCCGGCGAAGCAGAGCGCGGCGUGCGCGACCGUCGUUGGCGUCGUGGUGGGCGGGCGCCGGCACCUGGACGACCCCGGCCGUGUGCUCUACUACUUCCACACGCUGCGCGUCGAGCGCCCCGUUGGCGGGGCGGCGGCGGAGAAGACCGGCGGCCUCAUGCAUGCGCGGCGGGAGCGCCGGGAGGAGCUCUCCGUCGGGACGCACGCCCUCAACUCCGCCGGCGGCUUCAAGUACACCUUCGACGGCUGGUACGACGAGAUAUUUUUGUACAAAAUCGAGGAGGAGGCGCUGGUGCCGGUGCAGCGGGAGUGGCGAACGGCGAUGGAGAAGGACGACGCGCCGUGCGAGGUGCUCUACCUCUGCUACGCGACGCGGCCGUGGUUCCAGAGCCCCUUCGCCGCCCUGCAGUACAUUCAGAUGCCGGAGCGGCACCUCUGCUACUCCGUCGCGGUGUGCCACCGCUGCAUCUCGCCGUUUGUCUCGCAGCGACACCUGCAGGAGCACCUCCGCGGCGGCUACUGCCGCUGCCGCCGUCCGCCCGGCACGCUGCUCUACGACGACACCGUCUGCGGCCGGCGCGUGUAUUACGUGGACGGCGCCAAGCAGCUCCACUACGGUCGCUGCCUCUCGCUCCUCGGCAAGGCGUUUAUCGAGAGCAAGGAGCUGGAGUGCGACGUGGACAUCUGCGAGUUCUUCGUCGUCACCCUGCCGCGGGCCUCGCUGCCGUACGUCCUUGGCGAGAUGGACGAGGCCGCCUUCCGGCGCGAGGCGACCCGCUUCGACGCGGCCGACUGGGACGGCGACGUCCUGGCGGGGUACUUCUCCCGCACCAAACACACCCCGGACCACUGCCUCGCCUGCGUCGUCACGCUGCCGAUGUUCCAGCAGCAGGGCCUUGCCGCCUUCAUGCUGGACGUCGCCUACCGCCUGACGGAGCUGCGCCAGCGCCUCUGCGGCUGCGAGGCGGCGUGCGGCCGGCGCGGCGGGGCCAUCUCGCGCCCCUUCUCCCCGCACGGGCGGGCGCUGCUGCUGGCCUUCUGGCGGCGCCGCGUGACGGAGGCGCUGCUGCGAAGCGCCCCCGCCCAGCCGGCAGCUGCGGCCGACGACGCCCCCACCGCGCCGUUCAGCGGCCUCCACGCGCGGGUCAUGGCGGGCGGUUUCUACAUCCACGAGGAUGACCUCCGCUUCUUCGUCUUCCAUGACGAGCGCUGCUUUUACGCCCGCACGACGCCCGCCAUCGCGGUCCCCGCGGCCUGCCCACGCCGCAGGGCGGCGGCAAGCGAGAGCGCCGACGGCGGCAGCGACGUCGACGGUGGCUCACUGGGCUUCGUGCCGCCGCCGUCGGAGUUCAUUGGCUCCGUGCUGCUCUUCAAGCGCGACGUGGCGGAGGGGGAGCGGCGGCCGGGCGGCUUCGACCAGCGGUUUUGGUGCCGUGGGGCCGACGGGCGCCACCCGUACACCGCCGCUCUCUUCCACUACUGA